UCCCCAAGGCCUCCUCAAGCCCAAACUGGUCAAGAGUCCACAGUCCUCUCCGGCUCUGAGAAUGAGCGUGAGCCUCUGGAAGACAAACACAAGCUGGAAGACGCACAAGAAAAGGAUAAGCUUCGGCUCAAAUGCAAACAACCAGCAAGGGAGGGAGGUGACAACAUGGCUGCCAGUGGCGGCUGCCUCUCCCCUGACCACACACAGGACUGCGGAGCUGAGCCGUGUUCAUCUUCUGCUCUCCAUGCUAAUGGGGGUGAUGAGGGCAAAGAUGAAGCUGACGCCACCGCCGCCCGGCUCGUCUACCCGGCCCUGCAGUUCUGCGCCAGCCAGUACACAGACCGCAUAUAUCUCUACUCCAAGGAGGGAGUUCCAUUGAACCUGAGCUUCAUCCCUCUGGACAUCAAGCUAACCAACUGGGACGACCUGCCCGAGGCCUUCAGCCGACACCAGGAAAAUCGAAUACAG